AUGCAUGGGGAGGAAGUCUUGGCAAGCACCACGUCGCCAACUGCAAACGAGAAUUGCCACCUUCUGGAGCUUCCACCAGAGCUCAGAAAUAAUAUAUAUCGUCUCGUGCUGCACCAGCAAGCACGUAUACCCAUCACCGGGCAUGGAUACGACAGACCCACCAUCCUCAUAACGUGCCGACAAAUUCGCAAGGAGGCGCUCAAAAUCUUCUACUACGAGAACCAAUUCCGAGCAUCCGUCGCCAACUACAACAGCGAUCUGGUCCACAAAUGGACACAGCACCUGCAAAAGAUGAAAAUGCGGCCUUCGUUGGCUUUGCCGUAUCUUGGUUUCGGGCAUCGCUCGACCUCACCUCCCUGGCCGAAUUUGCUGAGGUGGCUGAGGAGGAAGUAUGACGAUUGGGAUAUUGUAUCGCCUCGUCGACCGCUUUCGAGGAAGCGACUGGGGAAGACUGCGGUGGAGGUGGAACAGCUGAUUGUUGGAGGGAUGUUUGCUAUUGUGAAGGCCUUGACGGACGAAGAGUGGGAUGUGGUAGAGGAAUUGUUGAUGCACCAGCGGGUCGUGUUGGAGAGGAUGGACGGGCGCUGGGCGAAAGAUGGGGCUUAG